UUGGUCGCCUCUUUGUGAGUCACGACAGUGGCCGACCUCCUCCGAGCGGAACCGAGUGCCGCAGAUCAGCUGAUCGCGAGCUGCUUCGAUCUCAACGUUCCUCGGUUCGAAUGAAUCGGAAUCAAACCAGUCUGUGAUCGACCACCGACACCGACAUGCCGUCGCUCCUGUUCUGCGGGCCGAAGGUGGCCGCCUGCGGGAUCGUGAUCAGCAUCUGGGGGGUCAUCAUGCUGGCCAUGCUGGGAAUCUUCUUCUCUGCGAAGUCGGCAGUGUUGAUCGAGGACGUCCCGUUUACUGAAGACGACAUUCGUAACGAUAAAUUCCCUCCUCAGAACGUCUACGCUCUCUAUAACCAGGUCGGCAUCAACUGCUUCAUCGCCGCUGCCAUCUACGUGGCUGUGGGCGCCGUGUCGCUCUGCCAGGUGCGACUCAACAAGCGCCAGGAGUACAUGGUCACAUAGAGCGGCAGCGAGGAGCCGAGCCUGACCUCUCCAUGGCGUCAGUUAUUUAUUUAUAAAGUAAAAUCUUCUGUGUUUGUUGUGAUUCCUGUAAAGAUUCUUUAUUAAAGUGACCAAACGUAAUCGAUGAACGAGUCCAACACGUUUAAUUCCUGGUUCGUCUGAAGUGAACGGAUCAAACAGCUGGACUCACGUUGUGUUAGCGCUCGAUGUGGGCGUGUCCUUUGUGCAAACCUGUCAUGUUAACCAUCAAUACGAUGACGUCACCACAUCCAAAGUGAGAGCAGCGUUUUCCUCCAGAUGUAAAAACUGUAGAUGGUAAAUUUGUAUGUCAAAUAAUCUGCAAUAAAGUUUGUGUUUAAACAUUUGA